GAUUGUGAAGCAGUUUGUGGGGGAGAAAACAUGUGGAUGAUCUCAUGGCAGAUCCGCCGAGGUUCACAUCACAUGCAAUAUCACUUAACGUUGCAGCGCACCCCCAGAUUCUUUGGAACUUCAAUCCAUCCACGACUAUCUGUCGCGUUUAAAAACCUCGGUCGAUUCCCCCACGUUUUCCUCGCUUUCCUUCUUACCUGGCUACUAUUUUUUUUUCCCCCUUUCUUUUUCAUACGGUAAUCUCCUGUAAAUCUAUCCAAACCUUUAUUCGCAGCCAUGUCUCUCAAGAACGACAAGUUCCCCGCCUCAGCCGCCUUCGACGCCAUCCAAGCGGCUAUCAACGCCAGUGAUGCCGAUCGCAAGGAUGCCAUCAAGCAGGGCAACGGCGUCUACGCCUUCACCCUCAAGAACGCGAGCGGUGAAGAGGCCAGCUGGCAUAUCGACCUCAAGGAAACCGGCAAGGUCGGAACUGGCACCGGUGCAAAGCCUGAUGUCACACUCAUCCUCUCCGAGGAGAACUUUGGCAAGCUCGUCGCUGGCAAGGCCAACGCUCAGCGUCUCUUCAUGGGCGGCAAGCUCAAGAUUAAGGGCAACGUUAUGAAGGCGACCAAGCUUGACCCUGUGCUUAAGAAGGCUCAGGACAAGGCCAAGUUGUAGUUGAAGCGUGCUUUUCUGACGUCUGGAUAGCAUUUUUACUGCUUUUUGUAUGAUAUCAACUUGCUUGUCACUAAUCGCUCCGUACUGCCUGGAUGCGAGUGUAUAGAGGAGUAUUUGCGUCAAUGUCAAUUUAUCAUUUUAUACAGUGAGACAAGCCAUAUGUACUCAAUUGUCUAGAUGGCUCAGCGGUAAAGAUCUCUUUCUAAGUCCUUUACUCAACGAAACUGGCCGCUCUUUGAAGCUCACGCCGAGCCUGUUCGUGUACUUCGCGAACAAUCUCUCCUGUAGGCUGGACCUUAUUGAUUAGCCCAACACCAGUUCCCCUACUCAUGUUAGUCUAAACACAAUUUGCAAGGCACAGACUACUCACGCCCAAGUAUUAACGAGAUAGCGAGCCUCCUCCUCUGAGUAAUCCUCUUUGAGGCUCCGUUGGCAUUCUUCCAGACUUGCUCCCGC